UCCGGAACAAGGCACCGAUACAGCGGAUAUAUUGUGCCUCACAAGAUUGUCCGGUACCUUGAUAUAACAUAGUUCCAGUAAGAAUACAACACGAAUUCUACAGGUAGAGAAUUUGGAAAUAUGUCACAAAACGCCACCACUGGAGUACAAGGUGGUUCCACUGGGUACAAAAGGCGGUGGUAAAAAUUAUUUAACGGGUCACCGAAAACCAGUGACAAAAUCCUGUGAAAUAUUUCUACAGCUUUCGACCAAAAUGGAAGCAGCUCCUGUGUCACGAGCUAAACAAAUACGUCAUGUCAUUGUCACCGGAAUUAAACGAUUCCUUAUGUUCCUUUUUUCACAAGUAGGACUCACGUCGGCUGUGGUCGCCUACAGCAUGUUUGGUGGUGUCAUCUUCAAGGGACUCGAGGCUCCAAGUGAAAUGAUCCAGAGGGAACGAGUUGAACGAGCUCGAGUCACGUACACCAAGAAGCUGGUAGAACUGUCACGUUCUUUGGAAAACACCACGAAGAGUUAUGACACAUGGAAGCGGAACGCGACUCGGUUAGUGGAGCAGUUUCAGACGGAGGUUCACGAGAUAACGGUCUUCAAUGGCUGGGAUGGACAGGACCCUGACGAUGAGUUGCAGUGGUCGUUUGCGGGGGCGUUGUUGUACGCCGUCACCGUCGUCACAACUAUCGGUUAUGGACACAUAACACCUAAAACCAGCUGGGGUCGGGUCAUCACUAUCGUCUACGCCAUCGUCGGCAUACCACUCACCUUUCUGUGUCUCCGGAACAUCGGCUCCUUGCUCAGCUCCUGCGUCAAGCUGGUCUAUAAACAUGCCUGUUUAGGGCUCAUGAGCAGAUGGCUGCUUCUAAAACGGAGGAUGCGGAAGUCUCGCAGAUUAUCGAAGAUACGAGAGGCGGCCGAGAGGGCCAGGAAGUGGAGUCGUCAGAUGAACGGAGUAACUGCUGACCAUAACUUACAGCUUCUUGAAGAUGAAAACAAGCAAGCAGCUGAAUCGGAAUCGCGAGAAAUAACGUCUUUUGAAGCUGAAGGAGAGUUAUCUCCCUUAGAUGAAGAGCCAGUUCACACCAAACUCUCGGAAGCACGUGUCCCAAUAUCGCUAACCCUCUGUAUAAUGACCGGAUACAUCAUAGGUGGCGCUAUAAUGUUUGCAUUGUGGGAGAAGGACUGGGACUUCCUCAUCGCCUCCUACUUCUGCUUUAUCACACUGAGCACCAUCGGCUUCGGCGACUACGUCCCUGGGAGCAGCAUCGACUCGUGGGGCAGUCAGGAGAAGCUGGUGAUGUGCUGCAUGUACCUUCUGUUCGGGAUGGCCAUGCAGGCCAUGUGUUUCCAUCUGAUACAGGAGGAGGUCAGGUACAAGUUCCGGAAGCUGGCCAGGAGGGUGGGGCUGCUGGAUAAGGAUGAAAAGAAGACGACGGAGGAAGAGGCAGUGAGUGAGUGA